AUGAUGCUAACAGUGACAGCUCAGGUGACGAAACUUUUGCUAAUGACGCUUGCUCUGGAAUGGAUUUAUGGGUACCAUAUUUUCUCUGACGAUCCGGGCGUGAUACAAAUUGGCUUAGGCCAUAAAUUACUCGUCAACGAAACGGUACCGCUGCACACGAAGCUAUUGAUCUCGUGUCACCUCAACGAUGCUCUGUGGUAUAAGAAUGGGAAAUUGUACUCCUCUAAGGGCAAGCAUGCCAAAUCACUGAAAUUCGACUCCAUAGAAAAAUCGGAUGCCGGAUACUACUCGUGCAGGUCGAAGUUCAACGAGUGGUCCAACCUAACGCUUUUGGUGUUCGACCAGCUCGAUAUCGCGAAUCUGAAAAGGAAAAGUCUUGUGGACAAUCAGGCAAUAACUGUGAAGAAAGUCAGCGAUAGCUACAUGGAUGAUCCCAAAAAUUCGUACAAUAAGGUAGAAAUAGAUCGGCUACAACCGGGGCCUCCAUUUUUUACGAAACCCGAACAAAUGAUCGCACAGCUGUUCAAACCUUCAGGCAAUAUGGUUCGUUUGAGAUGUGCUUCCGAUGGCAAUCCCCUGCCAAACAUUAUCUGGACUAAGGACUAUAAAAAUAUUUCCCGUGACAUGGGCGUGGUGAAGUAUGCCCAGUGGUCGAUCGUGUUAAAAGAUCUGGGUGUCAAGGAUUCGGGAGCAUACACCUGCAACGUAUGCAAUAGCUUCGGAUGCAUCAGCUUCACUACCAAGCUGAUGGUCAAAAAUCGUUUUCCUGCCCGGCCGUACAUAAAGGAAGGUACUCUCACAAAUAUCACCGUUCUGGUCAAUAGCACAGCCACAUUCGAGUGCCGAACCAUUUCCCAUUUAGAGCCUUACAUUGAGUGGAUAAAGUUCCACAUCACAGAUCCGAUGCAACCCGAUAUACCCGAAAACAUUACUACACUUGAGCGUAACUUCGACAAUCCCGAAAUACUGACCAUCGAGAAUGUGACCCACGCCGAUGAAGGUUGGUACACGUGCAUUGCGGCCAACACCAUGGGAACGUCUUACGAGAGUGCCUACCUUGCGGUGGUCGAUGAGCUACCGACCGAAGAUGACACACCCACGACAUAUCCGAUUCGGUCUCACUUGACGGUGAUCAUGACCGUGGUACUGGCCGGGUGUAUCAUGGUCCUGGCCAUCAUUGUUGUCAUUGUGUGCAAGAAACUCAAGCGGGAAAAUGUUAAACAUCAGUGGACCAAGAAGGUGAUCGUCCAUCAACAGCCGCCGGUCACUGAGAAUUUCAUCCCCGGGAUGACAAAAGCGAUGCAAAUGCCUUUUAUUCGCAUCGAGACACAGCGCUCGACCCUGAACUCAACGAUGGUCUCCGAGUACGAAUUUCCGAUCGAUCUUAACUGGGAAUUCCAGCGCAACAAGCUUAGUCUGGGCAAAAGUUUGGGCGAGGGCGCCUUCGGUAAGGUCGUCAUGGCCGAGGCCCAAGGUCUAGUCAAGGGCCAAGCUUUGACGAUUGUGGCCGUAAAAAUGUUAAAAGAGAGUCAUACGGAUGCUGAUGUUAAAGGUCUUGUAUGUGAAAUGGAGGUCAUGAAGAUGAUUGGGAAACACGUCAAUAUCAUCAAUCUGCUCGGAUGUUGCUGCACGGAUGGACCCUUGUACGUAAUCGUCGAAUAUGCUCCCCAUGGUAAUUUGAAGGACUUCCUGCGGAGUCAUCGCUUUGGACUGGCAAACGACUACGUUAAGGUCAGUGAAGAGAGGAAAAAGGAGAUUCUCACCGAGAAAGAGUUGAUAUCGUUCGCCUAUCAAAUAGCCCGUGGGAUGGAGUAUCUUGCAUCGAGAAGCUGUAUUCAUCGUGACUUGGCUGCACGAAAUGUGCUGGUAAGUGACGGUUACGUGAUGAAGAUAGCUGACUUUGGCCUAGCUCGGGACAUCCACAGUCAAGAAUACUACCGUAAAAAGACCACCGGCAAACUUCCCAUCCGGUGGAUGGCCCCAGAAUCUCUCGAGGAGAACUUCUACGACUCCCAAAGUGAUGUGUGGUCAUUUGGAGUUCUUUUGUGGGAAAUAAUGACACUCGGUGGCUAUCCGUACUCUGCCAUCCCUGCUUGGGACAAUUUGUUGGAGCACCUCAAGAAAGGCAAACGGCUUGAGCAGCCAUCGUUAUGUUCGGUAGAUAUUUACAUGUUUAUGCUCAGUUGUUGGCACUAUCGACCGGAAGAACGACCAACCUUCAAUGACAUCGUCUAACACCUGGAUCGGUUGGUGAGCUUAACGGCCAACGAGGAAUACCUCGAUCUGAGCUUACCUCUGCCAGAAAUUUCACCCUCGAGUAACGACGACGAAGAGGAUGAAUUGGAUAUGGAUGACGGCGGGACUGAUUACCGGAUGUAUCCGUCCAAACACCAGACGACCGACUGUACUUCCUGA